AUGGCGCUCUCCUUCGCUUUCAGAGAAAGACUGGAUGAAAUGGAAAUCGCCAGAAACCAACGCCUCGUUCUUCUACAGGCGGAGAAGGAGCUACAAGCGAGCAAAUCUCAGAUUCUAGCGUCGAAGCUGGCGAAUAUCCGAUCCAUGGAACACAGGUGUUUGAUGCUCGACCAUAAGAUCGCCACGCAAAACUUGAAGAUCUCAAUCCUCAAAUCUGAAAUCGAAGAUUCCGACGCCAAAUAUCAGAUCAUCGCACGGCAAUUGCGGAAUCUGAAGAGCGAGAUCGAGGAGCUGGAAGUGAUGGGCAAAGAGAAGGAGAAGUUCUACGAAGCGAAACGCGUCGAGAUGAGCGAGUUCAGGCGAAAUAUCGAAGAAUUCAAAUCAGAGAUCCAUGCACAAGUGCAGAAUCUGAGGAACCGAUCCGACGAGGUAAAAGCAAUAGGCUUAGAGAUUGAAGUCUCAGGUCAACAUUCGGGUCAUUUUGAGGAUGAAGGUGUGAAUUCAGAUCCAGAACAAUCACGCCAAACGAAACAAACACUAAUCAAAGGUAUCAUCUCUGUUGUUCCGUACGUCUUGGUAUUGGGCCAAUAG